GCCGUGCCGAGUGAGAUCCGAGAGCACUGUUAUCUGAGGGAGGCGUGUCGUGUCGUCAGCGUCAGCAUGUCUGCUGGAGGGUGAUACUGUGAGGAUGCUAGCUACUCAUUGUUUUCUCAUCGAUCAUACAAUCUUAUCGAUGAUUUGCAUUGAAUCAGAGCAGAUCUUAUUGAGGGCUUAUCUGGUGUCACUACUCCCGUUUUAUUUACCACUUUUAUAGCUAUCAAUUUUUUAAUGUUGUAAGAAACCCUUUGUAUAAAAUUUUAUUUUCAAAUUUUAAGAAACUUUUUGUUAUGUUAUCAUGUUUUUGGAGUAUUCUUCUAUUGUGGGUCUCUCUCUUGUUACUUUUUAUUUAUUCCUUAAUAAUCAGAAUGAUGACCAGAAAAUUCAAGGACAACUCUGUGAUGCAGAAAAGUUGGUUCAGUUCAAAAGUCUACAGAGAAAGUACCUCAUUGUUUACUUGUUGGCAACAUUUUCUGAUUGGUUGCAAGGCCCCUAUGUUUACCGUCUUUACCAUGAAUACAGCUUUGACGAUGCUGUGAUAUCAAAGCUUUUUUUAGCUGGUUUUUUAUCUAGUUCCUUAAGUGGAUCUGUUGUGGGGUACUUGGCUGACCGAUAUGGGCGGAAAAAAUUAUGCAUUUUUUUCUGUUUUCUUUAUGCUUUCUGCUGUUUUACUAAGGCAUUCAGAUCUGUUUGGAUUCUCCUUGCCAGCCGUUUUCUCAGUGGCAUUGCCACCUCUAUUUUAUUUUCGGCUUUUAAUGCCUGGUACAUCCAUGAACAUUUGCAACACCUUCAACUGCCACCAGAAUGGAUGAACAUGACGUUUGCCAAGGCAACAUUCUAUAAUGGCUUACUUGCUGUUGUGGCUGGCUUUGUGUCCAGCAUUGCUGCAGAUCUGUGUGGAUGGGGUCCACUGGCCCCAUUUAUGAUUGCCAUACCAGUCCUUGUCCUGGCUGGUAUUACUACUUUCCUGUUCUGGGAGGAAAAUCGUGGCUCUGAAUUGGCAUCAUCCUUCACAUUCAAAUCUACAGCCACAAAGUCUUUCCUAAUAAUAUUUUCUCCAAAGGACAAAACUUUAUUGCAUCUGGGCAUGGUUCAGAUGCUUUUCGAAUCAGCAGUUUAUACUUUUGUAAUAGCAUGGUCUCCAUUAUUACUCCCAUUGCAUUUCUCACUGGGGCUUGUAUUUGCCGCAUUUAUGUUGAGCAUAAUGUUAGGGUCAAUAAUAUAUUCUUCAAUGAUAUCUACUUAUCACUGUUCACCUGAAAAAAUGCUAAGUUCCUCAAUGCGAAUGGCUACAAUAUCAAUGAUGGUUGUUGCUGUCCUCACAAUAUCUGAGACCACGCAGCUAACUACUCAAAUUUGUUACAUUGCUCUCUUGAUCUUUGAAGUUUCAGUAGGAAUAUAUUUUCCUGCCUGGGGCUAUUUGGCAGGACGUGCUGUUCCUGAAGACCUAAGAGCAAGUGUCGUCUCAUGGUUCAGGCUGCCAAUGAACAUUUUGACCUGUGUAUGCCUGCAAUGGACAUGGAUUAACAAGCAAAACGUCAAAGCAAUGGCCAGUCCAGCAUCUACUUACCAUUCUUCAUUUGUCAUGUGUGUAGGUCUCUUGUAGUUGCAUGUUGGUCUAGUCAGAGAUUUGCAGUGCAUUACUCUCACAAACACAGUGGUUCCUCAAAUGGUCUUGUUUGAAGAAGCAAGUCCAACAGUGCACAUGUUUUAACUCACCAGGAGGUUAUCAGCGGAAGACUGUUCCAGAUCUGUGAUUUACUGACAUUAAUACUAGUAUUUUCAAUUACUUUUUGUUUUUGUGGUAGGGAUUGAUAUUUUGUUUAAAUCAAGCAAGUUUAGAUAGACUUGCUGUACUUGUGAUAAUUUGCCUCAGCCAGUAUUAAACAUUUGUCAAGUAUGGCUGCACAACAAUUAAAAGAAAAUUAGGUAAAACAAAAGAGAGAGAGAGAAAGAUCUUAUAAAUGUACACUGAUUUUAUUAAGAACAAUUUAACAAGGAGAAUUUGAUUUUACAAAACCGUUGUGAAUUGUAUUACACACUAACUGUCUUAAUAAAAAAAAAAUAGGCCUA